UCUAUGGUAGGCGUAUAUUUGGAACAUUGAUAUUAUAUAACCCAACUUUUCUGUUUACAAUUUUACAAAUUAUAAUCAAUUUUAAUAUAAUUUGUGUGUGUUUUCGGAGUUCUGGAAUUAUAUCUGUAAAUAACAUGCAAUCGAAAAGAAAAGGAAAGCCAAAGUUGUUCUUUAAAUCAGUAUUGAGUAUGCUACUCCACAGUUAUGUGCUACUUUUUUUUGAGGGAUGUCUACUCAACUUGGUUGGAAAUUUAUUAAAAGGCUUAAACCGCCACAAAAGCAUACCGAGUAAAAUUAAAGCACAUAAACUGCCAUCAACUGUAGACUACAGUAGAGUUUCUGGUUAUGUGUAAAAAUCAAAGUGUAAUUAAUUGCGAUAUUGGUAAUAUUCUUUUGAAAACUAAACUAGAAAAGUAUUGCAAUAAUAACGUAAUUGUGUUUUGUCUAUAACCAGUUAGGUCGUCAUGGAUACAAAUAUAUUAAUAUUGAUUAAAUGAAAUUUUAUGUUUAUGCUCUUUAAAUCGCCAAUAAUGAGUUCAAAUAUAGAAGUUUGCAAGAACAAAUUCACUUUAGUGGAUUCCCAAAUUGUAAAGGAUGAUGAUAUAGAUAUGUUUAGUUUUUUCCACGAGUGUUCAGAAGAAUCUGAUAAAAGUUUUCAUGCAGUGAUUGGUUACAUCGAAGAGAUUAUAAUGGAUACGACAUUUGUUGAAAUUCUUACAAGUUUCAUGGAAAAAUACUGGAAGCACUUUGACAGUGAUGAAGAAAAUAAAUUAAUAUAUAGCGAUAUAUUCUAUUCAUACCAAGAAACAAUUGAGAAGUAUAUUGAAAAGAAGCUAAUGGAGAAGAUCGACAACUUCAGCAUGAAAAAUUUUGAGGAAGAGCUUAUAGAAAGAAGGACAGAGUUAGAUGGAGAGAUAUUUGAAAUACUGGCAACAUUUUCUGAUUUUCUGGAAUUUAAAGAAAUGUUCUUGGACUAUAAACGUAUGAAAGAAGGAUCUUCCAUUGAUUUUUCUGAGGAUCUAUUAGUUAAAAAAUGUGCACCUGACACUGUUCAGUGAAAAUUCCAAAAUAA